UGGCCUCGGCCGGCCUGCCGGGCGCCGUGGUGUGGGAAUGGCUGAACGAGCACGGCCGCUGGAGGCCGUACAGCGCCGCCGUGUGCCACCACAUCGAGAAGGUGAUCCGGAGCAACGCCCGGGGCAGCGUGGUGCUGGGCCAGGUGGAUGGCAAGCUGUCCCCGUACAUCAUCGACCUGCAAUCCAUGCAUCAGUUCCGACAGGACACCGGGACCCUUCGGCCCGUCAGGCGGAACCUGUACGACCCCUCGUCCGCCCCGGGGAAGGGCAUCGUGUGGGAGUGGGAGAACGACAACGGCGCCUGGACGCCCUACGACAUGGACCUCUCGGUGACCAUCCAGAGCGCCCACGACAACCACAGCCCCUGGAUUGACCUGACCCCCGCCGGCUUCUGCUACGUGGUGGACUUUGGCGGCAUGUGCCAGAUCAACCGGCGCACCCACCGCCGCCGCAGGCUGCACUGGCGGCUGGACGCGGCCUACCCGAUCGUGGCCGGCUCGCAGCCCCAGGCCCUGGGCAAGGCGGCGACUCCGAACGACGCCAACACGCCGGGCCUGCAGCAGCUGGCCAUCGCCCAAUCCCGGGCCCUCAUCGCCUCCGGACCCAGGCCUCUGUUGUGCACUCGAGGCGGGAGUGGUGUCCCCACCGUGCCGGUGAAGAAUCUGAAUGGCACAAGCCCAGUACACCCUGCACUCGCAGGUAUAACUGGGAUCCUGAUGAGUGCGGCGGCUCUCCCUGUCUGCCUGACCCGACCUCCGAAGCUCGUUCUGCACCCGCCCCCGAUCAAUAAAAACGACAUCAAGCCCAUUCCGGGAAUCUCCCACACCUGCCGGAAAAACAGCCGGAAACUGAGCAGGAGAGGACAGUGUUCGUAUGUUUUGAGUGGGAGGAGUCCUGAAGAGGUUGUCCGCAAAUAUCUGCAGAAGGUGCGGAACCCUCCGGAAGAGGACUGCACGAUCUGCAUGGAGAGACUGAUGGCCCCCUCGGGGUAUAAGGGGACCCCCAUCCAGCCCAUUGUCAAACCUGAGUUAGUGGGAAGACUAUCCAAAUGUGGACACAGUUUCCACGUAUUGUGUCUAGUCGCCAUGUACAAUAACGGGAACAAGGAUGGAAGUCUCCAAUGUCCCACCUGCAAGACAAUAUAUGGAGUGAAGACUGGGACCCAGCCACCAGGGAAAAUGGAAUACCAUACAAUUCCUCACUCUCUCCCCGGAUAUCCUGACUCCAAAACCAUUCGCAUCAUCUACAACAUUCCCCCUGGAAUUCAGGGUCCCGAUCAUCCGAAUCCUGGAAUGAGUUUCACAGCUAGAGGAUUCCCCCGUCAUUGUUACUUACCGGACAACGAGAAAGGACGAGAGGUGCUGAGGCUGCUGCUAGUGGCCUGGGACCGGAGGUUGAUUUUCGCCAUCGGGACGUCCAGUACAACAGGGGAGUCCGACACUGUCGUCUGGAACGAGAUCCAUCACAAGACAGAAUUCGGCUCCAACCUGACCGGGCAUGGAUAUCCUGACCUCAACUACCUGGAAAAUGUGUGGGCAGAACUGAGGGCCCAGGGAAUCGCAGAUGACAAGGACUGAGGAGAGCGUCCCAAGGGACGGAGAGUUCGAGAGAGCGAGCAAGAGGGACAGGGAGUAGGAGAGAGAGAG